UCAAAAAAGGAAGUAAAAGUGUAUAGAAAUGUUUAGAAAAUGAAAAUUAUUGUGUUCCCUAUUUAAUGGCCUUGCUUAGAAAGAAUGUCAUCAGAGAACCUACCCGCAAGUUUCCUCCAGACGACUGUCUCAGCCAGGCCAGCAGCAGCCUCAUUUGCCCCAUGGCCUUCGUGCUCUCUCUACUGACCGCCCUGCUGCUGUUCAGCUACGGCCCUGGUGGAUCUCUGGGCUGCGACCUGUCUCAGAACCACGUGCGGAUUAGCAGGAGGAACUUCAUGCUUCUGGGCCAGAUGAGGAGAAUACCCCCUCACUUCUGUCUGAAGGAUAGAAAAGACUUCGGUUUCCCCCAGGACACGGUGGAUGGCAGCCAGCUCCCGAAGGCCCAGGCCACCUCUGUCCUCCACGAGAUGCUCCAGCAGAUCUUCCGCCUCUUCCACACAGAGCGCUCCUCUGCCGCCUGGGACACCUCCCUCCUGGACAAACUCCACGCUGGACUCCAUCAGCAGCUGGAGGACCUGGACGCCUGCUUGGUGCAGGCGAUGGGAGAGGAAGAAUCUGCCCUGGCAGUGACGGGCCCUACACUGGCCGUGAAGAGGUACUUCCAGGGAAUCCAUCUCUACCUGAAAGAGAAGAAAUACAGUGACUGUGCCUGGGAAAUUGUCAGAGUGGAAAUCAUGAGAUCCUUGUCUUCAUCAACCACCUUGCAAGAAAGGAUAAGAAUUAUGGAUAGAGACCUGGGGUCACCUUGA